AUAUAAGGAGCGGCGCGCGCAGCCGCCUGCACUGUUCCUGCGCACCCCGCCGACACUCUACUUGACAAUAUGAAGGCUAUCGUGUGUAUGCUGCUGGUGGCGCUGGUGGGCGCGGCGUGCGGCGCCGAGGAGAAGAAGAACGAGAAGCGCGGCCUUCUCGGCCUCGGCUACGGCGGCUACGGCGGCCACGGCCUCAGCUAUGGCCUGGCCGCCGCGCCCGUCAUCAGCCACGGCGUCGCGCUCGACUACGGCGUCGGCCACGGCAUCGGCUAUGGCCUGGGCGGCCACGGCCUGUCCUACAGUAUCGGAGGGCACGGGUUAGGCUACAGCCUGGGCGCCCACGGGCUGGACUACAGUCUAGGCGGGCACGGGCUAAGCUAUGGGCUCGGUGGACACAGCGUGGUGGCGGCUGCGCCUCUCGUCAGCCACAGUGUGUACAGCGCGCCGCUGCUCGGCCUCGGACAUGGCCACGGCUACUUGCAUUGAGCCCCACGCCCCCUGCGCUCGCCUCGCCCGUGCCACCAGCGUCACCUUUCGGGAUGUCGUUGGUCGCCGGCGAUGUAGUCUGUAAAUUAUAUUUUCUUGUAUAUAUUUAAGGUAAUUGCGUGCUCUUCUGUGCCAAAUUUUGUGUCUGCUGGUGUCUAUUCUACUAAGUUCAAUAAAUUUUUUAAAACGUA